ACCUCCUUUUCCUUCCCUUCUCCCAUUCCUUUCCUUUCCUUUACUAUCAUUUUCCAAACAUAGGCUUAAUGAAAAGAGAGAUUUAAGCAGAAUUUUAAGAUUUCUUUAUAUUAAUUGGGACUUGAUUUUGUGGGGAAGUUGGGUAGAAUUAGCUCUUUCCCUCUUCUUGUAUGAAAGGGGGAUCCGCAGAGAGAUAGGGUACAGCUUCAAGUCUUCGUUUCUGGGGGGUAAAAUCGCAGAAAAAAUUGACAGAAUUCCGGAUGCAAUCAAGUGGAAGAUAAUAUAAAUUGUUUUGUCUUGUUUGCUACUUACAAAUACUUUUCCCUUCUUGGUUCUAGAAUAGGUAGGAAGGGGAAUGGAGUCAGUUUAAAGGGGUGAUCUCACAUGGGGUUUCCUUAAAUUUGAUUCAAAACCCUGUCCUAUACUGAGUUCAAGAAUCACGUUGGCUUCUGCUCCCAGUUGAAAUCUAAGUGAAGGAGUACCUCCUGCAAUUGUACUUGUGAGCAGCCACCAUCUUUCUGGACACAUUGCAUUAAAUGCGGCAUUGGCAGAUGCAGUACUACUGUCAUGAAAGUUAUGUAGGAAAAUUCAUGCAAUGCCAAGAUUGUAAACCAGUGUACAAGAAAAGAAGUACUGCUGAGCAUGUUCAGAGGGGUUCUGAAACAUAAGAUGAGCAUUCUGAUUCAGAUGGGAGGCUUAGAGGUUCAGUGGUGUAGUGAAGCAAUCAAAGCAAACAAUAUAUUGCUUCAAAUGUAAACUUGCAAGUUGGAUGCUACGCAAUUGUGAUGUUGCAGUAAAUGAUUUUCAUUCAGGACAAGGAAUGACCCUCACUAAUGCUGUAUUGAUUGGAAUGAGGCCAAGGUUUUGUAGCACAUCCAUAUCUAAGGUUUGCUUCCCUUAAUGUGUUAUGUUCCUAAGAAAUUCUCAUUAAUAUCUCAUGAAAUAAUUCUCUCCCAGGAAACCUCAUGGCCUCAUCUGUCAUGCCUAUGCUUCUAUUUAACAUUUGCCACUUCAGUCAUUCAAUUCUUAAAUUCUUAGCACUACUUGCAUUAUAUUUAAGGAACACUUAUACUGUUUCCUUGGGGAAAAAACCCUCUUAUCCUGCUUCUUUCUUUGUCUAUAUCCAUUUUUUUUUUUUUUGUUCGGCGUUUGGGUUUAGUUAUUGAACUGAAUAUGUAGGUCCCCAGGGCUUGCUGCUAUGCAUUACCAUUCACUUGAGACUGUUGAUUCCUGAGGUGCUUUCCCUCUUUCUCUUCUAAUUCCAUAUUCAAACUUCUUCUUUCUUUGUCUGUAUCUUUCAUUUUGUUCUAUAGUCUGUAGUUCGAGUUUAAUUAUUAAACGAAAUAUGUAUGUCCCCAAGACAAGGGCUUGUUGCCAUGCAUUACGAGAUUGUUGAUU